AUGGAUCCAGUGAUAGCCGUCGGCCUGGCAGCUGCGAUUGUCCAGUUCAUUGAAGUGGGUUCCAAAACAAUAAAAGGCCUCUCUGACUUCCAUGGCAUCCUCGAUGAAAUCCCGCGAGCAUUCCGUCAUGCCAAGGCGAAACUCCCGCUCAUUGUGAGCGGACUGGAUAAAAUCAAGGACCCGGCCAUCGCUGGUGUUUUUUAA